AUCUUCAAAAAACACCUGUCGUGGAGCUUUCACUAUUGCACGGUAUUGUGCCAAGAGGACAGGAAGAACGUAAAAACAUCGAAAAGAUAUGCUGCGUCCAUCAGUAUUUGAAUUGUACGCCUUGGCGAUUUUUGUUGUAUCGAGCAGUUGUCAGAGCGCGAGUCCUUUCCGACAGAAGAAUAUACUCAGCGGUGGCGGUAACUGGAAAAAUAUUUUGCCAAAACCACGAACAGGAUCGGCGAAAAACAUACUCAGAGUCACCGAGAAUAGUGUAAAUACGGUUGAAAAGCAGACCGAUGCCACUAAUUCGUCGUUAUCGUCGUCGUCCUUCUUUGCUUGGGAAGCAUCCAUAGACGGGCCAACGGGAGUGGCCUCGUCGAACGAACGAUCAGGACCAUUUUCUUUGACGACCGAAAAAUUUCCCCGGUGGUUAUCUCGAAAGAGAAAGACACCAACCAAAUUAGUUUCUCUGUCACAGGAAGAGCAGGAAAGAAUCCAUCAAGUGGUGAAAGAGGAGGAAGAUCAAGUCGUCGAAAUGUCGCGUGAGUUCGUUGAGACCUGGUCGGAAUUUUUAUGUCGUGUGCCCAUUUCACUGGGGAUUCUACGUUGUGAGAAAGAGAUUGGUGGCAAGUAUAAAAAGAGGUUCGGAAAACUUCCUAAAAUAAGGUUGCGAAGAAAAAACAUGAAGUCAAAGCCAUCAAGUAAUGAGGCUUGUAAUGCGGAUUCAAUGGUAUCGUCGUCAUCCUUAAUGGCCCGGUUUGUACCCUUUCCCGUGAAGCUUUUAGAGUUUGGAAAAGUAGUCGAAUCCUCGUCGCCAUCAAUCUCAUCAGUUCAAAUGUCCCAGAAAAAACACAAUGAAUAUGACGAUAACAACCUAGUCGUUUUGGGUUCUUGGGAUAUUCCAUUAAAGGGCGGCACUCUAAUUUUACAGGACGAUGUCGAAACAGCUUCCGAUCAAUCUACUACUAGUUCCAAUCCUGAUUAUCUUGGCAAACUUACAUUUACCAUUGCAAAGACAAAGCAAAUGGAAGGAGACGUUCACGAGCACGGUGGUGGCGAUGAUGCAUCUCCUCAAAACAGCUAUAAAAUAAUGACAGGGAUCGUCGAUUAUCGCCCAUGGUUGGCAGGUGGUGGAUACACAUCGGACGUGGAAAAGACUGUCGACCACAAAAUUUGGGAUGCCCUCAAGGCCAACAGAGAAGCAACAACCCGAAAAUUAUGCCAUGCAUUUUACCUUUCGACCCAAUCAAUGGUCCAUGCCUAUGUAACAUGGAGGUUUCACAAUGCUUGGAGACAAAAGCUCAAGGCCAAUGUUCGGACAACGAGAUCUAGGACGGUGGAAAAUAUGGAACCACUAAGUAAAUAGGAACGACUGCGUGAUCAUAUAAUAGAAGUCAAUGGGUUUG